AAAACUUUUUUCAAUUUUUCUUACAAAAAAUAUCGCUUUCAUUUCGGUAUUUAUAUUCCUUGUAUACCUGAUUGUACAUCUGACUCUUUAUCAGAUAAACCUGCUUUUCUUACACAAACUCCAAAAACUCUUCAUUUGUGUCAAAUUCCAUCCCCUUUCAUUAUGUCGCAUCAUCGACGUGCUUGCGUGAUGCAUCAGAAGAAAUUUUUUAGCACAGAAGUGAAUCAUUUCUUGCGUCCUACUCAGAAUUUAAGGAAUGAAAUGAAUAACAACAAAAGUACACAUGCUUCGAAUGUGUUCAACAAAUGGCUUUCGCACACAAAAAAAGAAAUCUAUUCAAAUCGGUUAGGAAUUAAAUAUACCACCAGUUAUUACGCUAACGGUCAUCAAAAUAUUUUUAAGAAAAACAACAAAUAUCGCUAUAUGUACAAAAAGCGUUAUAAUAAUUUUAGUCACAAUUAUAGUAUCAAUAAUUCAACGAAAAAGAAACAAGAGGCUCGCUUUAAGCGGAAUUGUACUCGUAUCUACAACAAGAAUAACAAAUUACGAAUACUAAAUGAUCGACAAAAACUUAGGUCGGCUGUUCGCCACAGAUUUCUCACUUCAAUAUCGCAAUAUAUAGAUAAACCGGUCACCCAUCUUCGAUAUUCAAACAAGAGAAGAAGUAUCAAAAAAUCAGAUUAUAAUUUUAAUGUUCCAUUUUUUUCUUUUAAAAAGAAAGUACCCCCUAUUAGGAGAACAAAUCAUGUUAUCUAUGAUUUUACUUCUAGUUAUAAUUAUGUACCUCGAUCUCAGAAAUCUUCUAGCCUCUAUAUUGAUGAUGUAGCUUCAACGACUACUUUCUGUAAAGAUAUCAUUUAUCCUCUUCCUCCUGAUAUGGAUCCUGUUCCUGAUAAUAUUGAUAUUCCAAACGAACUUCGCCCAUAUAUACCUGAUGGACCAAUAUAUAUGUUGGAUCCUUCAUCAAACAAAAAGAAUAAGAAAAAAGUUAAACCCCCAACAUACACUUAUUGCAUCCCUGGAUCACGUUUGUGGUUUGAUUACUUACGAAAGAACAUUAAAAACGGUAUUUUACCCUUUCGAGACUUUAGGGUUAACACCUCUAGUCCUAUUUCCACCCACCCUAUUUCAGAUAGUUCGUCACUUAGUGAUUCUAUUUCACGCAACAACAAUAAUUUACAACAACACAAUGACCUUUUAAAUUUACAACAACACAUUAUUGAAAACAAUAAACGUCAAUGGAACGUCAUCAAUACACAACUUGAUAAUGUUAUCAUUCAAGAUUCUCAAAACACUUCUAAUCAACAUUCAGUUCACAAAAAACCUAAACGAACUUAUUCCAGUUACCUUGCUGACUCCCUGGAUGAAGGUUUUACCUCUGCUCGAUAUUAAUUUUUGUAAUGAGCCAGGAUUAUCUACAGAACAACUCAAAAUUAGUGUGAACCAUUCCACCUCUAACAGUAUUUACAGGUGGUGGCUUUUUUAGCCAAAAGAAAAAUACGGAUCAUGAGAACACAACCUUAUUUACUAAAUAUCAAUGCGAAUCCUCAAUGAUCG